AUGAGUUCCCACCAGCAGAAGCAGCCCUGCACAGGACCUCCUCAGCUGCAUGAGCAGCAAGUGAAACAACCACCUCAGGAGCCAUGUGUCUCCCAAAUCAAGGAGCCAUGUGACAUCAAAGUUCCUGAGCCCAGUCAUCCCAAGGCUCCUGAGCCCUGCCACCCCAAAGCUCCUGAGCCCUGCCACCCCAAAGCUCCUGAGCCCUGCCACCCCAAGGCUCCUGAGCCCUGCCACCCCAAGGCUCCUGAGCCCUGCCACCCCAAGGCUCCUGAGCCCUGCCCUUCAACUGUCACUCCAGAACUAGCCCAACAGAAGACAAAGCAAAAGUAA